UAAGAACUGCACCACGUGCACGGAUCUCAAGAGUGCCGCCAUAGUGGCACGACCCGACACGCUGGAUGUCGAGUUGUCGGUGCUGACCGUUCGAAAGGUCACCACGGAUGAGAGGCGACGAGUGCGAACCAGGUGCUGGUCAGGAUGAGACGCUAGUUUAUUGCUCUCCUUUUCCUUUUUUUAUGUGUGUGUGCGUGUGUGGAGGGUACUGAAAAUUGAGGCACAGGGAUGCUGAUACGGAUAGACAUUGCGCGGCGGCGGAGUGAGAAAGUGUGCACAGUGUUAUGGAUGGAAUGUCCACCUCAUGGCGGAUUGAGCUUUUUUGCCCUUUUUGGAUAUCGGUGCAGCAGGAAAAAGAAAAUGUUACUAUUAAAAAAGGGGGGGAUUAGUACAGAUGUGAACGUUGAUAUGUUUUCCAUCUUGUGUCAUUAUAUGGGAGAGCCAUAUAUUUGAAACUGAAUUAAUGAUGACGGUUUAGUCCCCUGCCCAUGACUCAUGUGACAUAAGACGGAGCAGACAAAACCAGGUUCACCGUUUUCUGUUCCUCGUGGUGGUGUGCUACUCGUGGGAGCAAUACAGCUCCACCAACUCCCCAGCUAAUCAAAAUUGCUGCCCGCUUCCACGUCAUCGCAAAACAGUGCGUUCACAUUACCGCGAUACGCCGGGUCCUCCCUCAACAGAAAAAAAAUUAAAUAAAAAUAAAACAUAUCGGGCCCUCAAUAUGCGCACUGCCCCAGCAAGAACAUGCCCACGCUGCUUUUUGGCAUUCCCGUAUCCCUCUCUACAAACCCUGGUCAGUGCUCCGAAUUUCGCACCCGUCGUCUCUGACACCAGCUACCGGUGGUGACAUCCGUUGAAAGUAGUCACACACUUCGACUACGUGGUUCCCGACCACAAAGAUGACGUUCAGUGUGACGUCUCGACACGAGCAACGACGUACAGGAGGAAGGUGGACGUGAACCGGAGGCCAAGGGUGCAGGUAAUAUAUAGGCCAUUCACGGAGCUUAUACUCCGGCGCAGGUCAAGAUCAAAAUGGGCGAUCUGGGGUCUGAGAAAAAGGCGGACAUUAACGGUGCCGCUGUGGGUGCAUCGCCCUGCUUGAAGCCGCAAGACCCCUGGGCCCUGCCCGAGCUACAAGACCAGGGGGUCAAGUGGUCAGACCUGGGUUGUGCCCAGAAAUUUCAGCGGGUGUUCCUGGGCUUGGCGAAGGCGCUGGCGCUUCUCGCACUUCUUUAUUUAUUCAUCUGUUCCUUGGACUUCCUGAGCAGUGCCUUUCGCCUUGUUGGAGGCAAGACUGCCGGCAAGGUGAUGUCCCAGAACGAGGUCCUCAAAAACCCUGUCGUUGGACUCAUGAUCGGACUCUUAUCAACCGUACUCGUUCAGAGUUCUUCCACAUCGUCCUCAAUCAUCAUCACGAUGGUCGGAGCUGGACUGGUGGAAGUCCGAGACGCAAUCCCAAUCAUCAUGGGCGCGAACAUCGGGACUUCGGUGACCAACACCAUCGUGUCACUCAUGCAGAGCAGCGAACGCAACGAAUUUCGCCGAGCGUUCGCAGCGGCCACCGUCCACGACAUGUUCAACUGGCUCACGGUCAUCAUACUGUUGCCACUGGAGGCUGCCUUCGGGCUUCUGUACCACUUGACAAGCGCAAUUGUGGAUUCCACUGAGUGGACCACCAACAAACAUGCCAACAGAGACUUCUUGCAAGUGAUAACCAAGCCCUUCACUGGCCUCAUAAUUAAGCUGGACAAGAAGGUGAUUCAGCAGAUUGCUAUUGGUGACGAAAGCUACUACAACCGCUCUCUCAUCAAACGGUGUUGCAAAAAGACUGCUGAUGGAUGCAUUGAGCCCUGCGAGUUCGCACUACAGGGCUUGCAGUGGCAAGACAGCUUCAUCGGCAUCCUUCUGCUAGGCAUCAGCCUCCUUACACUCUGCACAUGUCUAAUCCUUAUGGUGAAGCUGCUGCACUCCAUGUUAGGCGGUCGCAUCUCUGUCAUAAUUAAGACCACCGUGAACGCCGAGUACCGCUUCCCGUACUCCAUCCUGGUGGGCUACAUCGGCAUCGGCAUCGGUUGUUUUAUGACCAUCCUGGUACAGAGCUCCUCCCUCUUCACCUCCGCGCUCACCCCUCUGGCGGGCAUAGGUGUCAUAAGCCUCGAGCGCAUCUACCCGCUCACACUGGGGGCCAACGUCGGGACCACAACUACAGGUAUCCUGGCAGCCCUCGCAGCAGACGCAGGGCAGAUCCGGCAUACACUGCAGAUCGCCUUCUGCCACCUGUUCUUCAACUUGAUUGGCAUCCUGGUGUUCUACCCCAUCCCCUAUACGCGUUUGCCCAUCCACCUCGCCAAGAUGCUCGGCAACACGAUUGCCGAGUACAGGUGGUUUUCCCUCAUGUACCUUAUCUGCAUGUUCAUCCUGUUCCCAGCAGCCGUGUUCGGGUUGUCUAUGGCUGGCAUGGUUGUCUUCAUGGCGGUGCUCAUACCGGUGUUCCUGCUCUUAGUGGCUGUGAUCGUCAUCAACGUGCUUCAGAGGAAGGCACCUCGGUUCCUUCCAGAGUGUAUGAGGACUUGGAUGUGGCUACCAGAGUGGAUGAGAUCGUUGGAACCCCUCGAUAGAAUCGUCCACUCCUGCGUGGGAAAAAUCGCCUGCUGUCAGAAGAUAUGCCCUCCGCAAAAUGCCCAUAAUGGGACCAUCUUGCCCAUCCGGGAAGAGCCUUCUCAAAUGAACUUCGUCGAGUCCAGAAGGUCGUCGUAUUCUACAGGCGACUGGCAGUCUGAUCUCCAAGGGAUUGACAAUUCUGCAUUUGACGUGACUAUAGACAAACAGAAGAGUGUCACCUCCACAACGCAGUUAUAACCCUCGGGAAGGGUUGUGAUUGUAAAUAGUCAGAUGUAAAUAGACUGAUCUUUUUAUCGAGAACGUUGGUGGCACUUAGCGAGUGUGUGAAAGCGUUUGGUGUUGUCAUGGUCCUUCUAUACUCCGCUGAACUAGUGGCACAACGCUGAACCAUGGUCCUUCUAUGGUCGUGCAACUCCGUCGAAAGUUUGUUCUAGGGCCCACCUCUUACGCUAGGUGGCGCGCACGUCGAUUGGGGUGCGGUGAUUGGAGGCGUUCCUACGGACUGCUCAGGUAAACAUAUGCGAAAACCGCGAAACUAUGCGAAAUAAUUGUCGUGGUACCCAGUGCCGGAUUUUCAGUGGUGGGGGCCACGGGGCACUGUGCUGUGGGGGCUCCCUCGUGUAUUCUACGUCUAUCCAAUGUGUGGUAUUGGGGGUCGAUAUGCGUGGACGAGGACAGAUUUUUACCAAGUUUCUGUUUCAGGGAUGCGUUUCAGGCAUGCAAAAUAGAUUUCUUUUGGACAAUACCUUUACUGGUGGGGGCCCCGGGGCAAGUGCCCCGUCUGCCCUCCCCUAAAUCCGGCACUGGUGGUACCUGUGCCACGUUCGCAUACUUGAUUUCAUUGGGUGUUGACUGAUGCGGUUUUCCUCAGACGCUUUCACACACAUAUCGGCGCAGUUCCAUUAGAAGUCGUCCCAGGACGGUCCCAAGGGUGUCAGUCGUGACGUUGGCCAGCCCUGAGGCCGACAACGGCGAGCCCUUUCACCAUCACCGUCAUCACCACCACCAUCAUCAUCAUCACCACCGCCACCACCGUGUAAAUCAUGAAAAGCAAGCGCCAAAGUGAAUUACAAUAAACGUGAUCAGACGUGAUCGUCACUCUGGCGGUGCAUAUCGCCA